CGCUCCUUUCCUAGGUAUCUAACAUAACGUUCGUAGCCUUGAUACCUCAUUUUCAUUGAUACGUCACCUACCUUUAAAGAUCCAUUGCGGCGUUAACUUCUCCAGCAGCUUGUCCACAGACCUGACUUUAGAGUUCUUCUUCUGACUUGAAAGAUGGCUCAACAUCAGGAUUGCCGCAUGUAUGAAGAGAAAUAUCCAGAAGUCGACGAUGUAGUCAUGGUGCAGGUCAAGUCGAUAGCGGAGAUGGGCGCCUACGUUUCGCUGCUGGAGUACAAUGGCAUUGAGGGCAUGAUCCUUCUGUCAGAGCUUUCCCGGCGGCGCAUCCGCUCGAUUACGAAGCUGAUUAAGGUUGGCCGGCAAGAGCCAGUCAUGGUGCUUCGUGUGGAUAAAGAGAAGGGUUACAUCGAUCUCUCGAAGAGGCGUGUGUCGCCAGAGGACGUGGCAAAGUGCGAGGAGCGGUACAACAAGUCAAAGCUGGUGCACUCCAUCAUGCGCCACGUGGCGGAGACCACGGGGCGAGACCUCGAGGCGCUAUACGAUAACAUCGCGUGGCCGCUGUACCGGUUGUACGGGCACGCGUUCGACGCGUUUAAGACCAUGGUCUCAGACGAGGGCGAUGCCAUCUUCAAGCGCCUCGAGGAGGACAAGGGAGCCGCCGCGACGCAGCUGCUCUCGCCGGAGGUGCGUGAGGCGCUCCUAAAGAACAUCAAGCGCCGCAUGACGCCGCAGCCGCUCAAGAUCCGUGCCGAUGUGGAGAUGACGUGCUUCCAGUACGACGGCAUCGAGCACAUUAAGGCGGCCAUCCGCGCGGCUGAGGCGCAGAGCACGGAGGAGUGCCCUGUGAAGAUGAAGCUGGUGGCGCCGCCGCUCUACGUGCUCACCACGCAGACGUUGGAAAAGAACAAGGGCAUUGAGGUGCUCACUGCAGCGUGCGAGGCUUGCCAAAAGUCCAUCGAGUCGAACCGCGGCAAGCUGGUCGUGAAGGAGGCGGCCCGCGCCGUCAGCGAGCGCGACGACCGGCUGCUCAGCGAGAAGAUGGAGCAGCUGGAGGCGGCCAACGCGGAGGUGGAUGGAGACGACGAGAGCGAGGAGGAGGAGGACGUGGGCAUGGGCGACAUCGAUGUGGAGGCGGGCCCCGCGUUUGUGGAGGUAUAAGGCUGCGGCUGCAGGAUGAAACGCAGCUGAAUUGUUGCAUGCGACUGCAGCGGCUGUGGAGCAGGAGAUUCGCGUGCAGGCGCAGAGUGCGACCUGCCGCGCAGGUUUCCUUUGCAGGAGGGCUGUCUGGAAUCCGUAGGCGAUGCACGGGCGUGGGUACGCAUGGGUGAGGAGUAACUGCACCAAAUGGACAGAUAGGGUCCUGUGACCGCCUUGAUGGCGGGGAAGUAGGGUGCGUGGAUUACACCAUCUCAGGGUGUCGCAUGGUCGGUGUGGCUUGCUGCGAGUGAGUUCGAGUAGGGCUUUGUUAACCGGACGUUUUGGAGGAAAGGUGUGCUGGAUGCCACUAAGCACGGAGCCUGGGCGAUGCCAAGAGAGGCGUUGCGUUCCUUUCGGUCAGUCAUGUAAAUGCUGAUUUCUG